CCACCACGUUGCUCACAUGAUGCGGCAAGAAGGUUGAAACGAGGGACCCGAGCGGAAACGAAAGAAGGAUUUGCCAUGACAAUCAAUGUGGAAACACGGACGCUGAAUGUUCUGGAAAAUGAGUCAAUAAGGCCGCCUGUACCUGUCAAAUAUUGCGAUAUAAGGAUGUAA